GUUAAUUUUGCACCAGAGUCAAGACUGCAGGCGGUGACCGGUGACCGGCUACCCCCCGUCCCCCUCCCCCCCACCCUAUAUUUGGGCAGCUCCCGCCGUGCCCCUCCUCUUCUUAUAUAUAUGUCCUCACCUUCCUCACAAUACACAUCGUCCAUCUUCUCCGUUGCCCAAAAAAACAAAAACAAAUCCCGAAAAAUCCCUCGUUCCCUCGAUCGAAAUCACACAAACUAAGCACAGAUCAUCAAUUACAGGGUCUGUUCAUUAAUCCAGUAUGGUUUCUUCAACGAAGUUCUCGCUUGCCCUGUUCCUCCUUUCUUCUUCUGUCUUCCUCAUCCAAGGAUCUCUUGGUGGCGAGAUUUUGUGCGAGGAAUUGGGGAAGGAUGUGUGCGCGUUUGCGAUAGCUUCGUCGGGGAAGCGAUGCAUUUUGGAGAAGUACGCAGGGGAGGAUGGAAAGGCGGCGGAGUUUCAGUGCAGGACGUCGGAGGUGGUGGUGGAGAGGAUGGCGGGGUACAUAGAGACGGACAAGUGCGUCAGCGCUUGCGGCGUCGACAGAAACGCCGUCGGCAUCUCCUCCGAUGCCCUCCUCGAGCCCCAAUUCACCAACAAGCUCUGCUCCCCGCCCUGUUUCGAGCACUGCCCCAACAUUGUUGAUCUUUACUUCAACUUGGCCGCCGGCGAAGGAGUAUUUUUGCCGGACAUCUGCGAGGAUCAGCGCAGCAACCCGCACCGCUCGAUGAUAGAGCUGAUGAGCUCCGGGGCAGCCCCUGGUCCGGCGUCUCCGGAUCACUUUGCCAGCUCCGCCGCCGUCUCUGCUCCCGCCCCCGCUCCCAUGUAAACCCACCCAGACAGACAUAUGUCCUGCUAAUUAAUUAUAUUGUUUUUGCUUCCUUCAAAUACAGUUGAUGAUAUAGGCAGCUCCAUCGAUGGUACCAUAUUGGUUCCAACCACGGGGAAUAAUUAAAUUACACAUGUUGGCAUGUUAGGGGGAGAGAGUUGAGAGGGGGAAUUUGUAUUGGGUUCAUUAUUUUGGUUUGGAUUUGUUGAGUCAUUGUACGCCACAGGCAAGUGUCGAUUGUGCUGCGCAUUUUUACCAAUAUGAGCUUAUAUAUAUUGCACGACGCCCAUGCAUAUGUUUCAUA